GCACCCUUCUGCAGAAGUUUGUCUGCCACGUAAGGGAUUUUAGCAGUUAAACUUUUUAAUUUGUGUAUAUUUUGCGAAAGUUUUAACAAUUGUCUUCAAACAUGAUGCUGUUUACUUUUUGUUCCUUAUUGCCAUCACUGUUUGUUUUUGUCACUGGUGGAAAACUUCCAGAAGCCGAUGUGAAAAUUGAGGUGAUGCACAAACCUUUUCAGUGUCACCGAAAAUCAAAGUAUGGAGACAUGCUUCUUGUUCAUUACGAGGGAUUCCUGGAGAGCAAUGGCACUAUGUUCCAUUCCAGCCGCAAACAUGGGGACAGAAAUCCAGUCUGGUUCACUCUUGGGAUCCGAGAGGUGCUUAAAGGUUGGGACAAGGGUCUGCAGAAUAUGUGUGCUGGAGAGCGCAGGAAGCUGACUGUCCCUCCAUCACUGGGAUACGGAAAGGAAGGUCAAGGUAAAAUUCCUCCAAGCAGCACCUUGAUAUUUGACAUUGAGCUCAUGGAGAUCCAAAAUGGUCCCAGGUCCCACGACUCUUUCCGGGACAUGGAUCUUAACGACGACUGGAAACUCUCCAGACAGGAGGUGAAGCAUUUCUUGAAGAAGGAAUUUGAGAAACAUGGUUACUCGCCCAAUGACACACAUCAUGAAGUGAUGGUUGAUGACAUCUUCAAAAAUGAGGAUGAGGACAAAGACGGUUUUAUAUCAGUUAGGGAAUUCACCUCCAUACACGAUGAACUCUGAAUGACGGAUUCAACUUUUAAAUUAGUUUUUUUUUUUUUUUUUUUUUGUAGAUCAUCUUUGAAACGUAUAUAAAUUGAUGUUUUAAACAAAGACUUUCAUAAUUUUAAACCUACAUUUGACCAAUAUUGUCUGAUGUUUUGUUUUAUGUUUUUUUUUUUAUUUUGACCUAGAAGUUUUAUAUUCAUUUGCACAUUUCAUAACUUAUUUCCCUUGGACACACAUAUAAAUGUCAUAGUUCUUGUUGCUUUAAGAUGAUUAAACCAUUUUUGAU